UCCCCACGCAAAAAAUUAUUCAGCACUUCUCUUUUUCUUAUCCUCUCUGCGCUUUGUAUUUGCCCUUUUCCUCUUUAUAUUUACUUUUCCUCUUUGCUAAAUAUAUUUCAGUAUCAAACUGGGUUUUGUGUAUCAUUAUUAAAACAACACUGUCUACCCGAAUCGACGUUGCUUUUUUUGCUUCCACAACCAGUCACUUUUUUUAUUGUUUUAUUGAUUUUCUCACUAUAUACACACACCCGACAUAUUCUAUUUUUCUCGCAAUCAUUAUUAGCGUUUUACUUUGCCAGCCAUGACCACGCGCGACACCAUGUACUCGGAGGACAUUGUGCUGUCCUGCAACCGCUCGCAACUAAUAUCAGUGCUCGAUGAGGGCGUCACAAGGCUGCCGCCAGAGACCGACAACUCGGGAAACAUUGAAUACAAGACCAAGCUCAAUAACACGUCGAUUACCAGGACCUCGCACCUCGCGACGCAGCUUCAGUGGAGACUCGCCGAGGGCUGCGGACAAGCUGUGUACGUAGUGGGUGUGCACGACGACGGCGAGGUAAUUGGGAUUACUGAAAAGGAGUUCCAACUUACCCUCGAUAUCCUCAACGACAUGGCUGGCCAGCUGGGAAACGCCCACGUAUCUUCUAUCAACAGGCGCGUGCUCGCAGACAAAGAGAACCGAGUGGUUGCCGAAGUGUGCAUAACGCAGCGAAACGCCGUCCAGCGCUCCGAGCUGCGGGUGACGGUUCUCGGCGACCACAGCGCUGGAAAGUCGACUGUGCUUGGGUGCUUGACGUACGGCGAGGCCGACAAUGGUCGUGGAAAAGCCAGGCUCAAUCUGCUGCGGCACCGCCACGAAGUAGAGUCUGGGCGCACAAGCUCUAUAGCGCUCGGGACCAUUGGGUUUGACAGCGACGGACAGGUUCUGAGCUACGCCAACAACAACAGCGCCGAGCAGAUUUACCGGCGGGCGCAACAUGUUGUGACGUUUAUCGAUACUUGCGGCUACUCCAAGCACCUGAAGACCACCGCUCGGGCGAUAACUGGCCAUUCGCCCCAUGUUUUUUGCGUGAUCAUUGCUGCUGACUCGGAAACACUCACUGGGACCACGCGUGAGCGCUUGCGAAUAGCCGCAGUGCUAAACAUGCCUUUAAUGGUGGUGAUCAGCAAAAUGGAUCUGGCCACCAGGGCCGGGUUUGGCAUGCUGAUGCACAACCUGUUAGCCGCCCUGGACACUACUAUUCCCGGUCGCAGCAAGUGUGUUGUGACUGGAUCUGCUGCAAACGAACAUGAUGGGCUGGCCGUCGUGCCCAUAUUUACCACAUCCGCCGUGCGGAUAGUGGGCUUUGGUGAGAUAACCACAGUGUUGUCAAAAUCGCGCCCCGUACAUGCCUCUGGCCGCGACGGCCUUAGCAACAGCCCCAGUCUAUUCGAGUACCACAUUGAGCACCUGUACUCAUUCGAUGCUGUGGGCACGGUGGUCACUGGCUGGGUCCAUGCGGGUGUGGCCAAGCCCGCAACAGAGCUCGGCAGGAAGCUUGUCGUUGGCCCAGACAGCACGGGCAAGUUUACCGAUGUUGAAGUCACAUCUAUCCACACGCUGCGGGUACCGACCGAGACUGCCAAGGCCGGGUCGAGUGCGGCGCUGGCCAUCCAGACGCAGCAGCCAGUGAGCAUACAAAAGGGCAUGGUGAUUGUCGACGCCGAGCGCCUGCGCGACGGCAGCAAGCGCUGUGUUUCCGACGAGUUUGUGGCCCGUAUUGCCGUUCUUGACCCCGAAUUCUCGACCAUGAACUCCGUCAUCGUCCACAUUCGCUCGGCCUACCGUCUUGCGCGCAUCGUCGAGAUCACAAGCGACCCGCCGGUUGAUGCAGACACGUCCGAGAAAUCGGCAGCCUUCAGCUGCUAUAGUGUUUUGGUGCGUCUAAAGUUCGAUGACAGCGUCUGCGACUAUUUAUAUCCCGGAAUGCCCAUCAUCGCCCGCGACGGGCAGAGCCUGACGUUUGCUGGCCACAUCGAAGCCGUUCUUUGAUUUGUUUUAAAUUAACGGUUGGAGGACGACUGCUGGCGAUGCCCUCCAUCUCUUCUGUAAAAAAUAAAUAUAAGCUAUAAAAUU